AUGAGAUUAAAAUAUACAAAUGCUUUUUUCGGUCGAAAUGUAGAUACAGGUGGAGCCGGAGCUGCCAAUAAUAAUAAUAAUAAUAAUAAUAAUAAUAAUAAUAAUAAUAAUAAUAAUAAUAAUAAUAAUAAUAAUAAUAAUAAUAAUAAUAAUAAUAAUAAUAAUAAUAAUAAUAAUGUUAACUAA